AUGAACGCACCUAGUCCGGAAGUAGAUGUGUUUAUUAGCAACUACACGAUCGUCGAUCCAGACGUAUAUCAUCUGUGGGUGAAUGGAUAUUCCGCAUCGGAAGCAGUGUCCAUUCUGAAACAGUAUGGUAUUCUGGAGGAGAUGGGCACUACACUCGACUUGGUUGCAUCCGACAUAUUAGACCAUUACAGGACUUACAGUUUGCUAGAAAAAAUAAUACAUUAUCCAACAAAGUUAGAUCAACAGCUGGCAUUUCAAAUAGAGCCACAAACGAAACACAUAUUAGUAGAAAAGUAUUAUGAAAUAGAUGAUAUAGUUAUUCGAGAAUUUCUUGGAAAAAAAUUAUCAUCAAAACAUCGUAAAGAUUUGGAUGAAGUUAGUGAAAAAACAAGCAUCGCUAUAAAAUCUUGCAGACGUCAAUUUGACAAUGUCAAAAGAGUUUUCAAGGCUGUUGAAGAACUUCAAGGUUCUGUUAUCCAAAAUAUUUCUAGCAUAUUUCUAUUAUCAGAAGAUCUGGCUAAGAAGUAUGGAGUAAUUGUUUUCAUAGCCUGUAUGCGUUUUGAAACGUCGAAACGUAAACUACAAAUGUUAACAUUUCCUGACUUUUAUGAACCAACUCUUUGUAUUAUGAACAAGUGGACUUAUCCUAAAAGUAGUCCGGAAUUUGGAGACACUGACUUGGAUCGAGAAUUUUUGCUUGAAUUAAGAGAAGUUAGAGUAUUAUUGGACAAAGAGAAGGAUCACAAACAUAUUGUAUGUCAAAAAUUAAAGCCAGAGUUUCUAGAAAAAACAUAUAAUAGUAUGGAAGUUAAUUUUCGUUUGCUGAGCAGAGCAAUAAUAGGAAUAGCCUAUAAUCUUCACCACAAUAGAGACUUAAGAGGAUUCUUCUUGGAAGUAGUAGAAAGAAUUAUUGAUCCAUGGAGAAUACUUGGUUGGAUCAAAGUAGAUGUGAUGAAUUUCCUAAAAGUAUACGUCAACUGUGCCAUAGAAUUAGAUGUAUUCCAAGAUGCAGAAGUGAAGAAAGCUUGGGAACGAUAUAUGGAUGUAAUAACAACCAGUGUCAAACAACUCUACUAA